AUGGACGAAGGUAUUUGCACAAAGGGAUUCUUUAAGAAAUUUUGUCGUGUGACAAUAAUAAAUAAAAAGGAGUAUUUGCAGUACAUGAAAAGAUGUAAUAAUACCGUUAGGCAUAAAAAACAUGUGCUAAGCAAUGCCUUUUUUGUUCCUUAUAAUAAGUAUUUACUUUCAAGAUUUUAUUGCCAUAUUAAUGUUAAGGGCUGUCCUUCUAUAAAGUCGAUUAAGUAUAUAUUUAAGCAUAUUUACAAAGAUUACGAUUGUGCAGGAGUGGAAUUGACUAAUAAAAAUGAGCACAGCCAGUUCAUUAAUUCAAGAUACGUCUCUGCGCCCGGGGGUAUGUGGAGAUUACUUGAAAAUAAGAUGUCGGAUAAAUCACAUGAUUAA